GCAGGUACAUGCUGUACAGCUCCUUGCUCCUUUGCCUGCCUGAGCCUCCUUGGUCUACUACUAAAACUACAGCCUCAACCAGCCGCUCAGGACUUCUCCACCUCCACCCCCCUUUGCCAAAGCGCCAGCCCGGGGAAUGAUUAAGAAAAUGCCGCCUUGCGAGACCGAAGUGAACGUCCCCACCAAGAACUGCUACAGGAUGGUCAUCCUGGGCUCGUCCAAAGUGGGCAAAAGCGCCAUCGUGUCGCGCUUCCUCAACAGCAAGUUCGAAGACCAGUACACGCCGACCAUCGAGGACUUUCACCGCAAGUUCUACAGCAUCCGCGGCGACAUCUACCAACUGGACAUCCUCGACACUUCGGGAAACCACCCCUUCCCGGCCAUGAGGCGUCUCUCCAUCCUGACAGGGGAUGUGUUCAUCCUAGUCUUCAGCCUAGACAAUCGCGACUCCUUUGAGGAGGUGCAGCGGCUGAAACUGCAGAUCAUGGAGACCAAGUCAUGCUUGAAGAACAAGACCAAGGAGAACAUAGACGUGCCCAUCGUGAUAUGCGGCAACAAAAGCGACCGGGACUUUUACAGAGAGGUCCCCAUGGAGAAGAUCGAUCAGCUGAUCGCCGGCGACAGCAAGUGCGCCUACUUUGAGAUCUCGGCCAAGAGAAACACCAAAGUUGACGAGAUGUUCCAGGCGCUCUUCACCUUGGCCAAGCUGCCGAGCGAGAUGAGUCCCGACCUCCACAGGAAGGUGUCGGUGCAAUACUGCGACAUCCUUCACCGCAAGACGUUCCGAAGCCGCAAAAUCAAAGACGAGGACGCGUACGGCAUCGUGGCGCCGUUCGCCCGGCGGCCGAGUGUCCACAGCGACCUGAUGUACAUCAAGGAGAAGGCGAUAGGCGGCGGCCACGCCAGGGAUAAGGACCGCUGCGUCGUCAGUUAAACGGCCCACCGCCUCCUGUACAGAGGGGGACUUGAGUUUAAUGGAUCCGACAGGCGUGGUCGCACUCGCAGGCAGGGACAGACACGCUCCCGCACCCCGUCCUUCGAGGUGUGUGUGUGUGUGGGGGGCGGAAACGUGUCGGGAGGUUUCAGCAGAGUGGUCGGUGCUACGGUCCUGGUACAGAGGCGAGCGCUCGCUUAACAACGCGGACGGAGUCUCCACAGCGAGCUACUCCCAAACAGCGGAAAAAUGUGGACGAAAUGGACUAAGAGCUUAAAAAAAAUGAACACGAAGGGGGCCUGGGGGGAGAGGGAUCAUAAAAAAAAAUCUACCCUCGCUCCUCCUCGGAAUAUUCAUUGUGUAGUAUUGACUGUGAAGUAUUUUUACUUGAGGCUUUUAAUUUUAAAUCAAAAUAUUGUAGUCUUAACAUCUACAAACUGCUUCAAUGACUAAACGAAAAUGUUUACAGCAAGUUGCAUAAAAAUCACUUGUACUUGCAAUAUUGAACAAAGUCUUACUUUUAUAAAAAAUAAAUGAUUUUUGAAAU